AUGAUCCGCCAGAUUCUCAUGUGUUCGGCAGACAUGCACCUGAUUACGUAUGAUUGGGUGGAUGGAUGGGAUUAUCCAUGGCCUGACUUCAGCACCAAUCAGUUUUGUCGGGACUACCAAUCUGUGCAUGAAUGGGGAAAAGCGCGUGUAGCUAAGACUGAUACCGCUGGAGGGAUGCUUCUUAAACCGGCUAACGCCGUUACGAGGAAGUUGCCAGCAGAUUAG